UGGAAGUGUACAAGUUUGUGUCAUGUGAUUUGUAAAAUAAGCAACAGAGAGCGACUUUAGGUGUGAAUAAGAAAAAUAAAGGAAGCCUAUAUACUUCUCACAGUAAGCUGUUCCUCACCAUGGCAGACGAUAUAAAGAGGUAUCUGUACAAACAGCUCCCCACAGUUGAAGGCCUUCAUGCAAUAGUAGUAAGCGACAGAGAUGGAGUUCCUGUAGUCAAAGUUGCCAAUGACAACGCUCCUGAAUAUGCACUGCGGCCAGGUUUUCUCUCCACCUUUGCCCUGGCCACUGAUCAGGGCAGCAAACUGGGGCUGUCCAAAAAUAAGAGCAUUAUCUGCUAUUACAACACCUACCAGAUUGUGCAGUUUAACCGGUUACCAUUAGUGAUCAGCUUUAUUGCAAGUAGUAACGCCAACACAGGUUUGAUCAUCAGUUUGGAGAAGGAGCUUGUUCCAUUGAUUGAGGAAUUAAGGCAGGUGGUGGAGGUCGCAUAGAAGUCACCCAGCUUUACAGCUUUACAACUACUGCUACAUCACACAUCUGAAUUCAUUCAAAGAGCCACACACAAAUCCAUUAUGCACCUUGGACAUUGUUAUCAUUUUUCUUGUGUUCAUUCACACUCACUUUUAUGAUGUUGAUUGUGAACUUAAAUGUCAUGUCGGCUGUAUGUUUAUCUUAUGAAUGUAAGUAACCCAUUUGUUUAUAUGUUUGUCUUAAUGUCAUUAAUAAAUCUGUGUAAGACUUUGGUUACAAAAAUAGAAAUUUAUUUAACAUUUACAUUUUUACACAGAUAAAUCUGUUAUCCAGAAAGGACAGGUACAGUUUCCUCUAUUCAGGUCAUUUAAUAUACUGGCCUGAUAUAUUCAGCUCACAGUUCACAGUUUUUACAUAUUACAGCAGAUAAAGCAGAUACAUUUAUUAAACUUCUUAGGAAACAUUAUUAACACAGAAAUAAAAGCUGUACUACCUACAACAGUAAUACAAAAUACAGGAUGUACAGCCAUAUUGGCACCUAUCUUGGCUUUAUCCUGUAAGGCAGGGGUGCCCAAUACGCCAAUUAAACGUGCCUCAUUCAAACAGGUCAACGUGAUUGACAUGAAAUGUGGCCACUGUUUCUUUAAUUUGCAAUUUGUUACCAUAGCUACGCCAGUCCGCCCAAAGCACUGCUGAUCUAGAACGUUUUCAUUCAUUCAGUAAAUAGUUUGUGCCAUUUUUGCAUUUUUCUUUUGUAACCUACACUGUUUGUGAAGAUGAGUGUGCAACCAAGCUAAAAAAUAAAAAAAAAGUUUUAAUCUGGGCAAG